AUGGCGAACAAGGAAACUACACCGUCAGCACCGCUGGCCAAAACUCCCGAGUCGGAUCCUUUUCUCUAUGUCUUGCGGGCAAUGUGCAUACUGGAACUGGCAGCUAUCUAUUCACCCUUGUCACAGCUGACCUUGGCCCCUGUGUAUGGAUCUAUACCCUCAUCUGUCUACCACCAUGAGAUCACCUCUGUCAUCGUCCUCUUGGCUCUCACUCGAAGCAGCCUCCUUUCGCGCUUCAUGCCAACCAAACUCGAAUACUACAUCCCCAUCCUGGCCUCGAGUAUUCCUCUCAUUCAGUCAUACUUGUACAAAUACAGUACUCUUCUUGGUGCGGACUUUGGACCCCUCGUCACCGAAGGACUUACCUACUAUCCUUUACUAGUCAUGAGCACAUAUUCUGCCGCUCGCCUUCUCCUGGAUGCUAAGAUCGACCAAUAUCUGCAUGCUGCCAUGGGAUCCACCAUACUCGGUCUCUCUACUUACGGCUUUUUCGUUCUCGUCCGAUCUAAAUCUAGCUUCCUGAUCUCCCAGUUCUUUGCACUCUCUGCCACGUUGACCAGAGUAAGCCUCCAAUGCGUUGUGGCCGCCUUAUUCACAAUCCUGUCGCCAUCGAAAUUAAGUCUUCUUGCCAUACCUGCCAUGAUCCACACCAUGUGGUUCAACCCUCAUUUCGUAUCGCCGCACACAGACGCAUUGGCCAACUCGACCCUGCAAGCAAAUCAAUGGAACUUGUUGGAACGCGCAGAGUCGAAUACUGGUUACAUCUCUGUUCUGGAGAAUCUGGAUGCUGGAUACCGAGUUCUUAGGUGUGAUCAUUCGCUCCUGGGUGGAGAGUGGUUGGUCACGAAUGAGAGAAGAAGCCAAGGCAUCAGUACUUCUGAGCCCAUCUACUCUGUCUUUGAGAUAUUGGAAGCCGUUCGUCUAGUCGAGACAACAGACAGCACCGUGCCGGACAACAAGAAGAGCGCGCUCGUCGUAGGUCUAGGUAUCGGCACUGCACCCAAGGCUCUCAUUGCACAUGGAAUCGACACGACAGUGGUAGAGCUUGACCCCAAAAUCCACGAGUACGCGACAAAGUACUUUGACUUGCCUACCAACCAUACCGCUGUAUUGGAAGAUGCCGUUGCAUGGGUCCAAAGCGCAUCGACAAAUGCUGUCAAGCAAUACGACUAUAUCAUCCACGACGUGUUUACUGGAGGCGCGGAACCCCUUCCGUUGUUCACAGACCACUUCCUGGGCAACUUGCGCUCUCUUUUGACACCCGAUGGCGUAGUCGCUGUCAAUUAUGCCGGCGACCUCGGCGACUCUUCGACAAAGCAGGUGAUCAACACCAUCAACCUCGCAUUCGACCGUCAAUGUCGCAUGUUCCGUGACUCUGAGCCAUCUUCUGAGACUGGAGCAACUGAUUUCCUCAACAUGGUCAUCUUCUGCAAGAACGCAGCUGACGGCAAGCUGGAUUUCCGUGCACCCGUCGAGGCAGACUACCUGGGCACUGUGUCGCGCAGACACUAUCUCGCGCCCAAGAAGGCGCUCGAAUUGAAGUUUCCUACCGAGGAAGAGAUGGAAGGGGAAAAUGUACGGACACUCACUGUUGAUAAUCUCAGCGAGUUCGAGAAGAAGCAGAUCGAGUCUGCCAAAAGACACUGGAAGAUUAUGAGGCUGGUUGUACCGGACUUUGUGUGGGAGCUUUGGUAA